AUGGCUGUGAUUACCAUUCUUAGUAUUAUCUGGAUGGUCCUAUCAGCUCCGGUUGCCGCCCGCAGUGAAGGAGAUGGACAUAAUCUUCACGUCAAUUACUAUAAAAAUACAUGUCCCCAGGCUGAGAAUAUCAUCAACAAGGCCGUCACAGAAGCCAUAAAUUCCGAUCUUGGUGUUGCCGCUGCCCUUGUUCGCAUGCUUUUCCAUGAUUGUUUCGUCAAUGGGUGUGAUGCUUCAAUCCUAUUGGACGAAAACCCAUCAAGGGAACCUGUAGAGAUGACGUCACGAGCGAACAUUGGCGUAAGAGGAUUAGAAGUCAUCUACGAGGCAAAAGCUCGCCUCGAGAAUGAAUGCCCAGAAACCGUUUCCUGUGCCGACAUUGUGGCAUUCGUCUCCCGUGACGCCUCUGUAGCUUCUGGCCUUAACUACUAUUACGUCCCAGCCGGUCGCCAUGAUGGACUCGUUUCCCAAGCCAAAGACAGCAUAGAGAACCUUCCCAAAUCCUCCAGCAAUGUUAGUUACAUGGCUAAGAUGUUUGCCCAGAAGGGUCUGAGCUUGCAUGAUAUGGUGACAUUGUUGGGGGCACAUUCCAUUGGAGUUGCCCAUUGCUCUACCUUCGACAAGAGGCUCUAUAACUUCAGCCAAGACCAAACCAUGGACCCACAACUUAACCAGCUCUUUGCUUUCACGCUAAAGCUAGCUUGCCCAGAGGUCAUGAAAGACAGAAAUCCUCUGGUACACUUAGAUCACAUCACCCCAACAACGCUCGAUAACUUCUACUACGUGAGGUUAUUGGCUGGGAAAGGUUUGCUUUAUUCGGAUCAAGUGCUGAUGGAGGACCCUCAAACUCGUGAGAUAGUAGAGCAGAUGGCCUUUGAUACUGACAUGUGGAACAGGGAGUUUGGGAAGGCCAUGGUUCGAAUGGGAAGGAUUGAUGUGCUCACUGGACAAGAAGGAGAGAUCAGGAGGGAUUGUCGAUUUGUUAACAAAUGAGAAAG